GAGGGUGCACAUUGGUAUUCACCCCGCAGCUGCACAGCACGCAUAGAGCGCCUUCGCCGUUGUGCGCUCGCGCUUGGCUCCUCCCCCGUGCGGAUUAACCACCCUUUUGGGUUGAACUUCUUUAGGGGUUUAACUUCCUUCCUGUAAAAUCGCUUCAAAUUAACGGAGAAUGGACUUUGUGAAGCUGGCCAAACAGGGCAGUGCACUGUCUCGAGAGUAUAAGGCCCUCUUAAGGGAGAAGAAGGAACACGCCGGGAGGGAGCGCCUCGCUGCCAUCACGAUACAGAAGUGCUACCGGGGGUAUCUGACCAGGCGGACUUACCUCCUUUAUAAGCACUUUCUAAAGCGCGCGAAGGACGCCAUAGACAUCCUGGGGUGCAAAUUUUUGCUCAAAAAAUUGAAGCGGCAAAGGCUGGAGGAGCAAGCCGUAUUGUACAUGUCGGACAAUGCCACCAAGAUACAGAAGGUCUUCAGGGGGUACUACUCCAGGAAAUACAUCCACGACUUCUUUAGGCGGAAGAGGGAAAUAAUCGAAAUGGAUGCACACGUGAAGGCACAGAAAAGAACAAUACUUCAGGGGAUUGAGGAGAAGAGAAAAAAGCAGUUGCUGCACGACAACAAAGUGAAGGACGCGAAAAUACAUAACGCCGCGAAGAACCUGCACCACCUCGUGUCAACCAAGGCGCAGAGGGGGGUCUACAAUUACAGGAUCGAAAAUAUCAUUCGGGAGCAGCAAGAAAAAAUCAAAAGCAGCAGCGAAAAAAAAAAAAAAAAAAAUCUACUAAACAAGAAGAAGUAG